AUGUCCUUUGCUUGUUUCCCAAAAGAUCACUCUCCGUAAUACCACUUCUAAUAAAAAUCAAACAUUCAUUCUGUACUUACAAAAAAACCUUGGGUUUCCUCUCUACAUAUACAAAAUUAUCAUUCAAUUCCCGCUUUAUAAAUUUUGUAUUUUCCUUUAAAUACUCUAAACAGUGGCAGUCAUAAUAAUUAUGGAUGGAAUGUACGGUCUACACUCAUCAUCAACGACGGACUACACCACACCGGAUAAAGCAUCAUCGUUGAUCAUGUCACCGGAGAAUAAUCUGAUUUUACCGUCCGGUUAUAGUUACGCUACUAACAGUUUCUUGUCUUCCGAAGCUUUUCAAAAUCGGAUUAUCAAUCCACUUUUUGUAUCGGACGAGUUAAUCUCGGCUGCGUCUGCGGUUUCUCAUCCUGAAAUUCCGGUGACAGGAACCGGAGAAGAUGAAGAUCAUGUGACCAGUUUUUUCAAAGCUAGAAUUGCUUCUCAUCCUUAUUAUCCUCGCUUGCUUCAAGCUUAUAUUGAUUGUCAAAAGGUAGGAGCGCCACCGGAGACAGCGUCUUUCUUGGAUGAAAUCCGGCGAGAAAAUGACAUUUAUAGAGGAGGAGGAGGAGGAGAAGGAGGAGGCGGUGGUGGUGGUUCUACCUGCUUAGGAGCUGAUCCCGAGCUCGAUGAGUUCAUGGAAACAUAUUAUGAUGUGUUGGUGAAGUAUAAAUCUGAUCUGGAACGGCCUUUCGAUGAAGCAACAGCCUUUGUGAACAAGAUCGAAAUGCAGCUUCGUAAUCUUUGCACUGCUACUUCUUCCACAACUCUCUCUACAGAUGAAGCAUCAGAAGAGGAGUUAAGUGGAGGUGAAAAUGAAGCAGCUCAGCAAAGCAGUGAAGACAGAGAUCUGAAAGAUAAACUGGUGCGGAGGUUUGGAAAUCAUAUAAGCACUCUCAAGUUAGAAUUCUCAAAGAAGAAAAAGAAAGGAAAACUACCCAAAGAAGCAAGACAAACCCUUCUCGAGUGGUGGAAUCUUCACUAUAAAUGGCCUUACCCUACUGAAGCUGAUAAGAUAGCACUGGCAGAUACAACAGGAUUAGAUCAGAAGCAAAUUAACAAUUGGUUUAUAAAUCAAAGAAAACGUCACUGGAAACCCUCUGAGAACAUGCAAUUUGGUUUUGCGGAUAAUGUUUCUGGACAUUUCUAUAUAGAUGAUUAGUAAGUUUUAAUCUUCAAAUUUAACUACUUGAUAUAUAAAUACUUGUAUGAUUAGAGGUCUUCAUGUAUAUUUUAGCAGCGCAAAAUUGUACAAGAACUGAAAUAAACUUUUUUCCUAAAAGAAGUAGAAGGGGGGAAAGAGUAAUUGUAUGUUAUAUUGUGUAUAUUGCCAUUUACUGACAUUGAUUUACUGAA